AUGUUGAGCCGGCUGGCGUGUUCAUUCCACGGGUGUCCUGAAACCUUCAAAUCUCAACGUGGACGGACAAAACACAUUCACACCUAUCAUAGUUCUGUUGAUGCCAUUCCCAAUCCAACCGCUGCUGACUCAAACCCUCAUUCUGACUCGGACCCCCAGGAAUUCAAUUUCAAUUCUAACCAUGACCUCAUCAAUGACAACUAUUUCAACAAUCCCAACUCUCAGCCUGAAGGCCACUCCAAUGGACGUCAAUCCCAGUACAUACCUCACCCACAUCUCCGUGGUGACCCUUGCGACCUCAAAGGCAACCCUCUUCCUCCAAACGCCCCAAAGCCUGCUCGCUAUGUAGGUCCUCAAGACAGCUGGGCACCCUUUGGUGAUCAAGCUGAAUACUUACUUGCGGACUUCUUGUUCUGCAAAGAGGAGAUGUCCGCCCCCAACAUCGAUUUUCUGAUGGAGUUAUGGGCAUUCAAAGCGGCCAAGUAUGAAGAGGACAGCCCAUUCAAAUCUCACCGCGAUGUAUAUGCCACAAUCGAUGUGAUCCGCGCAGGUGAUGUCCCUUGGCAAUGUUUCUCUGUCGCACCUCAACAUAACCUCGAUUCGGAUGUGCCCUGGUGGCAACAGACUGAAUAUCAAGUAUGGUAUCAAGAUCCUGAUGCUGUCAUCCAGGCUAUGCUGGCGAAUCCUGACUUUGCUGGGCAAUUUGAUUAUUCUCCAUAUGUUCAUUAUGACCAGUCAGGAAAACAUCGUUGGAAGGACUUCAUGUCUGGUAACUAUGCAUGGCGCAAGUCUGACACAAUAUACGAGAACGACCCAUCAACAGAAGGAUCCAUGUACGUUGGAAUCAUCCUCGGAAGCGACAAAACAACAGUAUCUGUUGCCACCGGUCAUGUCGAAUAUCAUCCGCUGUAUUUGUCGAUUGGAAAUCCACACAAUUGUGUGAGGCGAGCUCACCAUAAUGCAGUCACUCCAAUUGGCUUUCUUGCCAUUCCAAAGGCUGAUCGCAAAUACAAUAACGAUGUUCAAUUCCGAACCUUCAAGCGCCAGCUUUAUCAUUCUUCCCUGGCAGCCAUCUUCAAGUCGCUUCAAGGUCCAAUGACAAAGCCAAUUGUCUGUCGAUGCCCCGAUGGUCAUUUUCGUCGAGUGAUCUACAACUUGGCAGCUUUUAUUGCGGACUACCCUGAACAAGUCAUGCUUUCUGGUAUUGUGCAGAAUUGGUGUGCAAAGUGCACUGUGCUGCCUGAGGAUCUUGAUGGGAGCACUGCUGAGUGUCAGUCUCAAGAUUAUACUGAUGUGCUGGUUGAAACUUUCAAUUUGGACGUGUUGUGGGAUCAGUAUGGGAUAGAUGAUGAUAUUGUGCCCUUUACAAACGAUUUUCCACGUGCAGACAUCCACGAAAUGCUCUUGCCGGACCUCCUUCAUCAAGUUAUCAAAGGAUGCUUCAAGGAUCAUCUGGUGACUUGGAUGGGCGAGUGUCUGAAGGAAGUCCAUGGUGAGGCACGUGCUAAUGAUAUCAUUGACGAUAUAGAUCACCGAAUUGCUGCUACACCAUCAUUCCCAGGCCUGUGCAGGUUUCCAGAAGGCCGCUGUUUCAAACAAUGGACUGGGGACGACUCGAAGGCAUUGAUGAAGGUUUACAUCCCUGCGAUUGUGGAGUAUGUUUCUCCCCAGCUGGUUGAGUGCCUCAGUGCAUUCCUCAAUUUUUGCUACCUCGUACGACGGUCUGAACUUGGAGAAGACUCUUUGGCCAAAAUCAAACAGGCCCUACAGCAUUUUCAUGAGGCUCGCGAGAUCUUUUGUGACUCUGGGGUCCGGCCAAAUGAUUUUGCGCUGCCAUGUCAGCAUUCAAUGGUACACUAUAUCCAUCUUAUUCAAGAAUUUGGUGCUCCAAACGGCCUAUGCUCGUCAAUCACCGAGUCUCGCCAUAUCACAGCGGUGAAGAAGUCAUGGUAUGCUGCUGACAACCAGCGUCUGGACAAACUUGCAGCUGCACAUGUCGACUUUGUGGCACGAGGACUUCUACCAGCCUCACAUGCACCCCCACCCAGGUGCAGCGUUGAUGUUACUAUGGGUGAGGGUAUCAAGAAUGAUGCACCAGACAUUGAAAGAGUCCAAGGAUCAGUCAUUUUGGCACGCACACCUCAACGUGGCUAUCCUCGGACACUUGAGACCCUUGCAGUGCAUCUCCAGCAGCCCAACCUUCCCUUACUUGCUCGCGAUGAUGUCUCUGGGACCCACGGCAUGCAUCGUGAAGUGAUUCGUUGCACUCCAUUGUGGUGUCGCAAGCAUGCACGGUAUGAUUGCGUCUUUGUUGUUGAGGACCAGGAAAAGGCUGGAAUGCGAGGGAUGAUCAUCAGGCGGGUCAAACUUUUAUUUUCAUUUGUGUUUCAUAGUGUUACAUAUUCUUGCGCACUGAUUGACAGAUUUUCACGCAUGGGGAGAGGCCCAGAUUCAUUAACAGGCAUGUGGAAGGUGAAGCCUGAGGUUUCUGGGCAGCGCGGGACUCGUGUUCAGUCUGUCAAGCAUGUUGACACAAUCCUUCGAAGUGCUCAUCUCAUCCCUGUCUUUGGCAGUGGUCCCCUCCCAGAUGGUUUUCAUUUCACUUAUUCUCUUGAUGUGUUUAAUUCUUACUAUGUAAAUAAGUUUGCAGAUCAUCAUUCACAUGAAAUUGUAUUUUGA